UUCUGCAGUUAAUAGUAAUAAGGUUACACGAUGGACAAAACAGAUGCAGAUAAUCAGUAUUCAGGCAAGGCAAAUGAAUGACAAUUGUGUGUGGUGGAGACAAAAUCACAUGAUCUUCCUAGGGAUUCUGGGAAAUUGAGUCCAUGCUGGAGGACUGCGUGUCAAUAGCUAAUUCAUCAGAGUCAUUGAAGUUGCUACAAACUAUUUGGAAGCUCUAGGCGAGGCGUGGAAUUGCCUUAAUUUUGUUUUAAAUGCUCUUCAGAGUUAAUAAAUCCCAAGUUUCAACUGUGUUAUGCUUUUGAUCAAGUUUCUUAUAACUUGAAAUAUUCAGUCUGUUUAAGUGGGAGUUGGGAUUGGGAUUGGUUUUUAUACCGUUUAUGUGUUUCUUACCGCAUCCACAACAUACUGGUUUAUCUCCCAUGCAUAAUACAAGUCAUUUGGUUGGAAAAAGGUACAGUGUACUACCCAAGAGGAAAGCACUCAUUAUAAUAAAAAUGAACAUCAACCUCAAGAAGGUAAGCAGGUAACAAAUUCAGUUGAUUUUCAGUGCCAUAUGUAUUUUUGUUUGGUGUUACGUAUUUUAUGUGUUGCUAGAACAUAUUCAGUUGAUACCUUUACACCUGGUAACUUAUUUACAUAACCACACACGUCUAUGUAAAGACCAACCCUUUGUAAAUAGACAAGCUCUCCAGGCAGGCACAAGGCAACAUUAACAGCAUAUUUCUCAGUAGCUUCAACUUUAUGAAAUGAAAAAAUAAACGACAUUUAUUACACUUACUAUACUGUGUCAGGAUAUUAUUCCAAAGCAAGAAUUUGAUGGCUCUGUAUUAAGAGAUUACAUAUCACAUUCACAACUUUGUUGUCAAGGAAAUGGAAUUAGGUAGUAUGCGUCAGUCUCAGCAGAGAAAAGUCAUCCACUUUUCUAGUGGAGAGACCCUGGAGGAGGAUGACAGUGAAGAAGAGACAGCUGAACAACCACAUCGAGAUCCACUUAAUAAGGCUGGCAUGGACAAUCUCUCAUGGAGACGGUAUGCUUGGUUCUGGGGAACACAAGUCAUGAUAAAGUCAUUGCAAACCUGCGAUUUUGUUGGGGGGAAAUUAGCUGGCUUCCUUGGAUUAACUCGUGCAAAAUACCAGUAUGCUAUUGAUGAGUAUCAGCGUGUUCAAAAGGCUCCAACUCCAGCUCCACCCAGGACUCAGAAGGAUAAGCAGCUUAGAAAGAGUGAGAGAGAAGAGACACUUCUGUCUCAUACAGAGACUAGUGCAUAUGGAACCACACUGAAGACAACUUCUGAAGAAUGACAUCUAACAAGUUCAGAAUAAUGCAUAAAAGAUGACUUAUGAAACAUGUUGUCCAUCUUGGAAUCUGACAGACCUUUUAUGUCAGUCUUUGUUGAUUUUGUCUGCUGAAAGAAUUUUUAGGAAUUAUGAAUUUGUAGUCUUUAUUUUCAUGAAUUCUUAUUUUUGGACCAUUAUAAAACAGGGAACUGCAGCAAUGAUUUCACUGUACUAUUCUGUACUGGUAUGAUUCCAUAAAUCAAACUUUCAGUAACCUAUAGCAGUAGUACAAAAGCAAGCAAAGUAAAAAUGCAAGAUCACUGAAACCUGUUAAAAUGUUUUUAUCAUUCUUAUAAGACAAUAAACACAUUUUAAAUUAAA